AUGGCAACGAAAACGCUACAAGACAUGGUGCUCGCAGCCGCCUCUUUGCAUAGUGGCAAAAUAGCUGUCACAUUUGACAGGGGGAUAACAGAAGGAGGUCCUGUGUUGCUUUAUUACAACGAACUUGUUGCUCUUGGAAAGGAAUUAACACUUAUUCUACAGAUACAGUGUGUGCAAAAUACAAGCGCAAUUGCAUUAUAUUGUCAGCCAGAUGUCAAUCUUCCAGUGUGGAUUCUGGGGUAAGUUUAUUAUUAGAAAUCAAAGCUAUCUUAUCUGGGAUAUUCACUCAGUAUUCAGAGAGCAAUUGUCUGUUUAUACAAUAGAUGAUCUGGAACAGCACCAUCCAAUUAGACCAAAUUAGCCCCAUCUCUUUUAAUGGGGUGCAGAUAACUAAUGACUCUCAACUGGGGGUCCAUCCAUUUGAUCAGCUGUUGCAUACCAUAGAUUAGUAUUACCCAAGUCUGCUGUAAAUUCUAGGCUUGGACUACUGUAAACACAGCUCUCAAGGUGAUCCUCUGUCUGUCAGCAUCCUCCAGUUACCUGCUGCAUAUGUACCACUGGACCCAGACGCCCCAGCACUCUUGUCUGCCCGUGUCAUGAAGCGGUGUGGGCUGAGGUACUGUGUUCUACAGAGUGACCUGUUGCAGGUAAAAGAGUGGACUUCACGGAACAUUAUGAGAGUGGUUUAUAUUAUGAGAGUGGUUUAUAUUAUAAUUAUGAUCCUCUGUAGCUCAAUUGGUAGAGCAUGGCGCUUGUAACGCCAGGGUAGUGGGUUCGAUCCCCGGGACCACCCAUACGUAAAAUUGUAUGCACACAUGACUGUAAGUCGCUUUGGAUAAAAGCGUCUGCUAAAUGGCAUAUUAUAUUAUAUUAUAACUGUGGCUUAAAAUUAUGAUUACUUAAUAAUUAGUACUAAUUAGGUUUCACCUUCUGGCUAUUUUACUCUAUCUUUCUCUCUCUUUCCCUAGCAAUUCCAGAUGGCAUUUUCCAACCUCAUGUCUAUAGAGGUGUGUGCAGUGUGGUCUGCUCACAACCUAACCCUCGUACUAGUACAGCAUAGACCAACUGCAGCCCCCAAAGAGGAGCCGAAUGCCGAUAUUUUUACUCCUGCUGCAGUGCCAGAGAGUGCCGGCCAGGGGGCACUGGCGUAUAUAUUACACACAUCUGGAACAACAGGGCUUCCCAAGACUGUGAGGGUACCACACAAGUGUAUAGUGCCCAAUAUACUGCACCUCCGGUAUGUCCCUUUGGUUGCAUUGGUGUCAUGCAUGUAUUCUUGUAUCGCAAUGUCCAUAUCACUGGUUAUAUUGAAAGUCAAGAAUGUAAUUUAAUGUUGUUUGUUAAACAGCAUUCUGUCUUUAUCUCUUCAGAUCUCUGUUUCAGAUGACACCAGAUGAUGUGGUGUUCCUGGCCUCUCCCCUGACUUUUGACCCUUCAGUGGUGGAGAUAUUUUUGGCGUUGUCAUCAGGGGCACGUCUCCUCAUCGUCCCCACUGUGAUUAAGAGAAUGCCCAACAGACUGGCUCAUGUGCUGUUUAAGAAACACAAGACGACCGUCUUACAGGUAAAUAUGACAGUGGGAUGAGAGUAACUUAUCAAGCCUUUUGUUGCUGUUGUUGCAUGUGCUGAUUUUGUGUCUCCCUCAGGUGACUCCCACUCUGCUUGGGCGUUUUGGCAGGCGUGUCCUACAGGAAGAAGUCCUCUCUGCUGGCUCUUCUCUGCGUGUGUUAGCCCUAGGGGGUGAAGCCUGUCCCUCCCUAGCCCUGCUCCGUAGCUGGAGGCAGCAGGGAAACUGCACUCACAUCUACAACAUCUAUGGCAUCACUGAGGUAUCCUGCUGGGCCUGCUGCUACCACUUACCAGAGAGCCUCCUGCAGUCUACUGAUGUGUGAGUGACCGCUGAACCCUAAAACCCUGAGUAUGGCAUCCAACUGCUGCCUAAACCAGCACCUCAAUUUAUGAACCUUUUAUCUCUGCACACUGGACAUAUAAUUGAUUUUACUCUGAUAUUGUUUACCGGUAUGUAUAUCUCACAGGACUGAAUCCUCUUUGCCGCUGGGUCCUCCUCUGAUGGAGACCACCGUGGAGCUAAGAGAUGAGGAUGGCUGCGUCAUCACUCAGGGGGAAGGACAGGUGUUUAUAGGUGGGAUGGACAGGGUGUGCCUUCUAGACGAUGAGGUGACUGUUGCUCCUGGUACAAUGCGGUCUACAGGAGACUGGGUGCAGAUUAGAGACACACAUCUUUACUACCUCGGGAGGCGGGACCGACUGGUCAAACGCCAUGGACAGCGGCUGCAUCUGGACACCUUACAGCAAGUCGGUACCAUUUCAGACAGCAUGUCAUGUCAAGCUCAUAUCACCAAUUUUCCUGUGGUAUCCCCACCUCCAUUAAUUGAUCUUUCAGUCCUCCAUAUCCCCCUUCAGGUUGUAAUGAGUCUACCCCAGGUGGAGGCCUGUGCUGUGGGUCUGUAUGAGGGGUCUCGGCUGGUGGCCUUUGUCGUAGUCUGCUCUACGUCUGGAGAACAAAAUGCAACCCAUACCCCCUCCCCCGUAGAGCACCAGGUAGAGCAUCGUGAAGAGACUGCACCCUCAACUAGAAGCCUACAGAAGGCCAUCCUACACAGGUUGUCUCAGCUCCUACCCAGUCACAGUGUUCCAGACACACUAGUCCUGGUCCCGGCCCUACCACUAUCCUCACAUGGUGAGUGACACUGUCCUCUGUAGCUGAACAUCGCUAGACUCUACUGUAAAUGCUGCAUUCUAAACAUUUUCUAUCAGGAUUUACCGUUCAUUUUUGACCAUGGCAGUAUCUGGAGUCUUGUGUAAAUUAAACGUUGUUUCUUCAGGGAAAGUGUCUAUGGGUGAACUUAUGAAGAUCUACCAGAGACAGAGAGCAGGUUCAGAGUCCCAUAGUGCACUGGGGGACAUGGAGACACUGAGAGAGACACUCCAGUCUCUGUGGAGGGUACAGACAAGCCAUUAUAUUGUUUUAUUAUUGUCACAUACAAGUCAGUAUCCCUUUCACAUCGAGUUUACAUAUUUGUACAUGUAUAUUUGUGUAUGUCAGGAGACUUUAGGUCUGACGGAGGAUGAAGCCAUCCAGGAGGACUCCAACUUCCUGUUUAGUGGAGGCGAUUCCCUGCAGGCCCUGCGUCUCUGUGAUGACAUCACCACCGCCGUAGAAGUGACCUCAUCAGGGCUUCUGGAGGUUAUCCUGGACGGAUCCUUCUCACAAGUACUGUGCCAUGUUGCCACAGCAACACUGACUCUCCCAUCUGAGCACAGCUGGACAUCCCAUCCUGUGGCCAUGAAACGCCCAGCAGACCCUCUCUCCUCAGCACAGCCCAAGAGACAGCAUACAGACCCCUACUCUACAACAACUGCAGAAUGGCCUCUGGGAGUUGUAGUUUCUUCUAUGAGGAAGGCUGUAAGAUGUACAGUGUUAAGGAGAGCAGGGGAGGUUGUAGAGAUGGGUCAGCCAGACUCUUUGAGGACCAAUGAAAACUCCCACUCAGACUCAGAGGGACCAAUCAAAAGACCAAGAAAUACACAGGAAAAAGGAGCCAAUGAGAGUACAGAAUCCAACCACUCCCAGACAUUUGGAUCCAAUAAGAGGACAGAACACAACCAUUCCAAGGCAGUGGAAACCAAUGAGCCCAGUGCUAGCAGUGUUACCCCUCCCCCAGGUCUGGGGCUGAGGGUGAGCUGGGAGUCAGACACAGGGAGGUGUGUAGACGCCUCUCCAGUCCUGCUAGUCCAGAGAGGAGCGGACGGGGCCUCAGGAGGCCCCAGGGCCACAGUGUUCAUUGGCUCCCACUCCCACAGGAUGCAGGCCCUGGACCUGACCACCGGGGAGCUGCUGUGGGAGAGGGUCUUGGGGGACAGGAUCGAGUCCUCCUCUGCUGUGUCCCGAUGUGGAAGACUCGUCGUGGUUGGUCAGUAUCCACAUAAAGUAUCACUUUUUUGGUUAUGUUAAAUUGUUUAGUCUAUUCUACAGUGUAUUUUGAGGGUCUAUGUUGUGUGUUUAUUCUCAGGGUGCUAUGAUGGUGGUGUGUAUUUCCUGUGUGUGGAGUCUGGGGAGACGCAGUGGGUGUUUGAGACAGGAGACACAGUGAAGAGCUGUCCUACUGUGGACCCCCUCACAGGCCUAGUGAUGGUGGGGUCGCAUGAUGGCCACAUCUAUGCCCUUGACCCACAGGUGUGUGUCUGUGUAUGUGCAUACCUUUCUUUCUAGUGUAAAUCUUGCAUCACAUGCUCAAUACUGUAUAAUUAUGUGUUUUUGUGUGUAUUCUAGGUUCAGCAGUGUGUGUGGAAGCAUCACUGUGGGUGUGGGGCGGUGUUCUCCUCACCCUGUCUCCACCCCUCUCUCAGGCAGCUAUAUGUGGCCACCCUCGGAGGACACCUCCUCUGUCUCAAUCCUGUGAGUGUCCAUGCCUCCUUGCCUGCACAAAUCACACUUAGUAGUAAUACAUGCACUUGUUAACUGACAUGGCUCAGAAGCACUAGCACUGUUUGAGUGAGGACAACCGACUGACUCAAUGUUCUUCUGUUAGGACACUGGUACUGUCCUGUGGACAUAUUCCAGGAAGACUCCAUUUUUCUCCUCCCCAAACUGCUCCUCAGGUCACAUCAUCAUCGGCUCUGUGGAUGGAAACAUCUGCUGCUUCAGCCACACAGGGGAAAUGGUGAGAGGAAGAACUGGCACUAAGAUAAUGUCAGUUUAGCCUUCUCUUUAUCAUCUUCACCAAGUAACCAUUGAUAAUAUUUCUCACUAAAGUGUUUCAUCUGUGUUAAUACUGUGUGCUUGCUGCAGCUCUGGCAGUAUGUGACCGAUGGACCGGUCUUCUCAUCCCCCUGCAUCACACCAGACAAGCAGAGGGUUGUGUGUGGGUCACAUGACGGGUGUGUGUACUGUCUGAACUGUACUGACGGCUCAUUGGUGUGGCGCUAUCAGACCCCCAGCAGGGUGUACUCCAGCCCCUGUGUGUUUGAGGUGUCAGCCUGGGGUAUGGAGGGUACACUGGUGGUCCUGGCCUCCACAGACGGGACCCUGUGCGUUCUGGACGGAGAGGAUGGGACCCUGAAAGCCUCUCUCUCUCUGCUUGGGGAGCUGUUCUCCUCUCCUGUGGUGUGGGAGCGCUCCGUGGUGGUGGGAUGUCGCAAUGACUUUGUGUAUUGUGUGGCGCUGACAGGGGAGCUGAAAUAG